UCAUUGGAUUAUUAGUGUUUUGUUUGUACUCAGCCGCAGCCCUGCUCCAUCAAACUGAAAAUUUCUCCUCCUUGUAGGAAGGUGAGAGGAAGAAGAUCGGCGACGAUCCGGAGUCCUGCGGAUCCGCAGCUGGGAUAGCUAAUCGGGGAAUUCUAGCGUUGUCUAGGUCCGUUUUCGUCGUGGAGAGAAAUUUGGGAGAGUUUGCAUUUUGUUGGGGCUUCGGUUGAGUGAAUGCCCGCCAUAAGGAGUUUGGAUGAGGAUGGGAAGAAUUUAGGUUUUGUUGUGAACGGAAGCGAAGGAGGAGGGAGAAGAGGAGGGGGUAUGGAGAAGAAGGAACUCGCGGAAGAGAAGGCUUGCUUUGGACGGGAUGAUGAGAUCGACCCAGACGCUCUCUCUUACAUUGAUGAAAAGAUACAGAAUGUCUUGGGGCACUUUCAGAAAGAGUUUGAAGGUGGUGUUUAUGGCGAGAGCUUGGGAGCAAAGUUCGGGGGAUAUGGCUCAUUUCUUCCUGUAUACUCGCGCUCUCCUUCGAUUUCGCUACAACCUAAAAGCCUACAACCUAAAAGCCCAGUGAAGACUCCUAACCACAAUGUGUCAAGAUCUCCAAACAACUUGCAGUCCCAGGAUGGACAUCAAAACCCAUCUAUUCUAGGAACCACAUCCAUCACAAAGGUCAGCAUUGGAUCUGAUGGACAACUAACUGAGAAGCCAGGCAUAAAGAAGGCCAGCAUUAGCGUGCUCCGGUCUGAGAGAAUUUUACAGUCCCUCAGUAAGCCGGUCAAUUUGAGUGACAAUAAGAUGCAGGAAGUUCGCAUGAUGGUUGGGAAUGAAGAUGCUUUUCCCAGAAAAAAACCUGACAUUUACAGUGAUUUAGGCCUUGAUGUUUCUCCAUCUCCAUCUCCAUCUCCAUCUCUUGAUGAUUUUCCAAAUAGAAAUGAAGAGUGUUCUUCUGAAUCUGCAGAUGCAUUCCUGGAUUCUCCUACCACCAUUCUUCAGAUCAUGACGUGCUUUUCAGUUCCGGGAGGCUAUAUUCUGUCACCUCUUCCUGAUAGCCUGCAAAAUUCAAAUGGAAAAGAGGACAUUUUUCUCACAAAUUUUAAAACAGGAGUGCUGCGCAAAGGACAGACUGAAACUUGUGCUGCUUCAUCCGACACAUCUCUAAACUUAGAAUUUGUCAAUGGCUCCCCUUGCAAGAGCGUUAAAUCAGGAGACACAAGUCAGAUGUUAAGGGAAACAGACCGAUUGAUUUGUGAGGGUGAUGUGAUGCCAUAUUUAAAGAAGGAAACUGGAAUUGAAACUAUUGUAGCACAAAACAUUAUUUGUAGUGCCCCUGAUAUUUCACAAUCAUCUCGUGCUAGUUGCGGAGAUGCAAGAGAAGAGAGACUGAUAAAUGGUAGUUCAGCAACGGAAAUUUGCCACACUGCUGGUAAUCUGAAGGAUUCAGAUAAGCUAUCGCUGAAGGAAAGAAUCCCCGUAUCUCAUGUAAGCACGGAUAGCCAUGCAGAGUUCAUGGAAAACAUGAGAAAUAAUUUUGCAGGGAAUUCAGUGAUGGAAUCUAUCCAUUCCAAUGGGGAAGUGAAUUCUAAAUCUGGUUUAACCACUAAAUCAUACGGAGAAAGAAUUGGAAAUAAUCAAGACACUUCAUGCCAACCAACAGAAACGGAAAGUAGAGCUUUAAAAAAUUUUAACACGACCAAGGUUGAUUCCAAAAGGUAUGAUACUGGGUGGAAGAAUCAUGCUAUUGAACAUAAGGGACCUGCAAACCAAAACCAAAAUCCUGCAAAGAAAGAUGCUUCAUGUGAAAAAGGAAGGAUAGACCAACCAUUAGAUGGAGACAUAAUACCCAUAGUAAGUCCAACUAAUGACUUACCUUGUAUUAAACCAUCCAAGGAAAAUCUGGGAACUUCAUCUUCUGUGGAACUCAAAAGGAAAAAUGGAUUUUCCUAUGAAAGUAAAUUGGAAGAAAAUAAAUCGCAUAAGAAAAAGAAGAAAGGCAAGGCUGUGGAAUCCCAUAAUGGCUUUGGAGAGAGUACUCACAUUCAGAAAGUUGAUGAAAACAAACAUACGUUUGGCUCUUCUAGGUUUAUUGAGAAGUCAAAGUUGGAGCUGGGGCUUGACACGGUUGAUAAUCAUCAAAUUGCUAAUUUAGCCACUGAUGAACCGGGCAUUGCUUCUCUUGCAUGCAAUGCCCCAACUUCAGAUGUAGAUUCCACAAUUAUUUCUUCGGUUAUAAAGGAAAAUUGGGUAAUUUGUGACUUAUGCCAAACUUGGCGCCUUCUACCCUAUGGAACGAAUCCUGAUAAGCUUCCCAAGGAAUGGCAAUGUAGCAUGCAAGUUUGGCUGUAA